GGAACUGUUUGGUGAGUGUUGUCUGAGUGUGUGUGAGGAUGGCGGCUACACCGCAGCACCUGUAUGACGUCAUGUGGUACUCAUCCGCUUUCCUCGACCUGCCCGAACUCCUCAAGCUCGAGACAGGUGAUCCCCACGAGCAAAGCAGCAAGGAGGAGGGUGGUGCACGGUGGAGAAAGGCCAGGAGGGCACACUGCUGAAGGCCCAUGAAUUGAUCUGCCGCUCUUGUGGAUGGUUUGUGUGCCGGGCAGUUUGCAAGCAGAUCAGAGCCCUGCUGCACCCCAAGAACUCAUCAGGCGUCUGGCAGCUACAGGUACCUGUGGCUGCACACGCGAGCACGGGCGCCUUGUACAGCCCCACACACAUCCGUCCUUCGUUGAUGCGUCCGUCCGUCUUUGUCUGUGAGGGCAGUAUCGGCGCUCCUUCGGCAAGAAGACCAACAUCAGACUCAUCCAAGGCAGCGCCCACCACCCCCGCCCCUCACCGACAGCCGCAAACGCUUCCAAGUACACCCCUCUGCCUGAGGAAUCCUACCGCGGUGCCCUUCGUCGAGGCACAGCGCUCAAGAACUUCGCUGUCAACCCAUCUUUGGGUGAGCUGCGGUGGGGCCAGGCCAAGUGUGUGAAUCCGAGGGAUGAGAUGAAGCGCAGCCGAUCGAGCAUCUUCGUCCUGCGCGGAUAUCUGUAUGUGUUCGGUAAGUGCGGUAAGUAACCAACCACCAUGCCUUAUUCCCUUUUGCCGUACUGGCUGGCUGGCUUGUUUGUUACUGACUGCUAUGGAUCGUUUGUUUGUCUGUUUGGUCAACUAUUAAAUCAGGUGGUGUGGUUGGCGGCAGAGAUGAGCACAAGAGCUACAAAACCGACCUAUGGCGGUAAGUAUGGGUACAUGAAACACGCAAUCACAGGCACUCACUAUCUUUCUACCCAUGCCUUGAUUGACAGUUUGUCGUUGCUGUCCCUGCUCUGCACCGGCAAGUACAAGUGGCAGCAGUGUGUGGUCGACGGCACCCCGCCCGCAUCGUCCGACUCCCUCACCCUCACAUCCAUCAACCUCGAAUCGCCCCUCCCAACGCACACCGCCCGGCCACCGUGGCCACGACGCUUCUUUGCAGUGGGCGGGCCGACCGGCCCUCGUGAUAUGCGAGACAGGGACGACCUCUGGGGUGUGUUGGAGAUCGAUCGCAAGACCGGUGGAGAUGAGCACGGUGGCAGCGUGCUGCAGUAUCGGUGGUUGAGCAAGCGAGAGCUGCAGGAGGGCCAGCAGGAGGUCACCAAAAAACGACGAGUCUCUGCGCUCCAUCGGUGGGCGAAAGGACGCAGAGAGCGGGAGAGAACGAAAGUGCGUCUGUGUUGGUUGAUUGCAGUCGCUUCUUCACGGAGAACUUUCGACGCCACUUCACGUGUACGUUUGUGCCCAUCCGGUCGUUGGCACACCCCAAGGGCUACAUCUUCAUCUUCGGCGGCAAAAGCAACACGACUGAGUGGGGCAGAGCAGCCAGUUGACCGACAUAACGACGCAUGCUAUUCCCGUGUUGUCUGCUCCUCAGCGAAGCGUUGGAUUCCUCGAUCAUCGUCGACGUGGCGACCUGGUCGUUCGACGACAAGUGAGAGCCUUCCAUUCCCAUUCCCCGCCACGACCACUCUCAUAUUGUCUGUCUGCCUGUCUGUCCGUGUCAGCGACGAGUAAGAAGCUCUCCCAUUCGCCACCACAGCUGACCUUUGUCACCUUGUCUGUCUGUCUGUCUGUCUGUGCGUGUCAGGGAUCAUGAGUUGUUCGACCUCCACCCGACAGCCCGUCUGAACCACACGGCCACCCUCGUCAAAGACCGCUAUGUCUUCAUUAUCGGCGGAGAAGGCAAGCUCAACCAAUAGAUGUGGUGUGUUCUCGUGCCAGCUGGAGUCAGACAGCGCCCCUUUUGGUUGUAUACAUGUAUGGUGCAGAGUGGCACCUCGGGGACGGUGAGGAUUUUUGGAACGGCGAGCCGCGUUUCGUACCUGCCCGUUUCGUGCAGCCUCCAAGGCUGGACAUAUUCGACGGAAAUACCAAAAAGUUCGCCUCACCACAUCGCUGGUUAUGACACUGCCUCUUUGCCGUGCUGUGUGUGACAGGUGGAUUCGAUUCGAUCGCCUCCCAUGGACUGCCCGCGGCACCAACCCGAGUGUCGAUGGUCAGUGACACUACCGGCUCACACGCAGAUGCAAUACACCUGAUUUUCUUCUGGUCAGCGGCUGUCGGGCCCUACCUGCGGGGUGUGGACAAACGGCAUCUCGAGCACCGAUGUGACUUCGCCCGCCACACAGCUGUGCUGGCAGGUCAGUGGCAGGCAGGCAGGCAGGCAGGCUGGCGGAGUAGGAGAGGCUGGCACUUUUGUGUGUGUGGGCCUCUGUGUUGACUUGCAGGUGACAAGAUCGUCAUCAACUUGCCCUACGCCCACCACGAGGAGGCCGACCUCGGAGUGUUGGGGGGCCUCAAGACCAUCACCUUCGACACCAAGACUGGCCGAUUCAGCAAGCCGGCAUUCGCCACACGGCCUCAGAAGAUGUCCGCCACAGCCCCACCCCCCGGCACGACCCCGCAUCCGACGCCAAGCCGCCCCUACAAGCCCUACGAGCCGCCGCCUGCAGCGUGUGCAGCUGCCGUGUGGACGGGCAGGUGGGUGGGUGCUGUAUGCUGUAUGCAAAGACGGACAUGGUGACACUCCCGUCCAUCCAUGUCUUCGUUGGUUGCAGUGAGUUGAUUCUGUACGGCGGUGGGAGUCUGCUGGAUGAGGCGUGGAGGAAGGGCGACUUCGACCUAGAGUACGACAACGACGCCCGGCAUGACCAGAAGAAGCACUCCGAGGUCAGUGUGCUGGGCGUGAUGGAUCGCAAAAGGACCAAAGACCAGAUUGUACCCGUAGAUCGAUGCCAGGAGGAGGUACAGACACACAGGAGAGCAUCUCCAUCCCCUCGAUCGGCUGCGUCGUUGUGCAUUCAUGUGUGCAGGUGUUGCCGUUCAGCCGUCGCUAUGUGUGGAACCGCCAGCUGUGGCAGAUGGACACGAGCGGAGAUGAUGCUCGCUUCGAUGUCGACAUGUGGGAUGACGAAGAGCAGAUCGAGCAGCAGUGGUAUGAGGAGCGGCAGGCCAUCGCCGAGAGCAAAGCCAAGGAGAGGCAGCAGCUGAGGGAGAGGGGGGUGGAGGUAGAGAUAGAGAGCGGUGAGGGUGACGAGUGUGACGACAUGGAGGGCUACACGUAGGAGGACAUCAACGAUCAUCUGUGGGGCAAGCCACUGCCAUACAACAAGGUCUUCGGCAAACCCAUCACACCCACGCGCCACCAGGCCCUCCCCAAAUUCUUCACUGUUACGGGGUAGGGCGAGAAGAAAAAAGACGCCGUCUGUCUAGCUCUCGGUGUGUCAUGCAUGUGUGUGUGUGUGUAGUGUAUUGUCUGUGCAGCAUACUUCGCAGCGACCCCAUGCACUGGUGCCCACGACACGUCCACAUCGAGCCAACAGGAGACAAGACGCCCAUCAUUGUCUGCUUGCUGCCCCUCUUCUCCACUGCAGGACGCUGCCGAAGGAUGACUCGCGGGCCAACGCCACACAGACCAAAAUCACCACAUUCUUCCCGCCACCGUAGGGGCCAACCACACACCCAGACAGGCAGCUCACAGAGAUCCAUCCAUCCAUGCCUGUCUGUCUGUCUGUCUGUCUGGGUGCCUCGCCUCGUUCAGCCGUGUGAAGCCGCUUCUGGUGCAGUUAUCGCUGACGGCGUUCUUCCCCCUGACGUCGGCGUGCCGCCAGACCAUCAACUACGGAUACAGAGGCACCAAGAGAAAGAGAUCCGAUCGAUGAGUGAGGCGAAAACAGAGCUAGAGCUACCAUUGACGGGAGAGAGGGAGGAUGAUUGCUGUGUGAUGUGAUGUGAUGUGCAUGCCCUCCCUGAUGCAGAUCAGCGCAGCAGUGCGGGUGGGGUGGUCACCAUCGCAGCCAGCCAAGGGCUUGUAAAUAGUAGCUAUCCUUGGGUGUUGACGCCAGUGGGUGUGUGCGUGUGAUCUGAACGGUUUUGACACAGUUCAGCGUGUGUGUAUUUGUUGUCAAU